AUGGGUGCCUUGACGAAGAAGCAGAAGGAGAAGAAGUCUGACUUCAAGAAGACGAAACUGAAAGUGGGCAAGACUCGUCCGAAGAACACCAAUGCAACAGAUACGAGUUUUGCGGCCAAAUCGAUAGUUCUCAAGCAGCAAAAUCUUGGCGAGACCGGACGUGAUGCGACCGCCCUCUUCAACCACAACUUAAGCCUACUGAGCAGCAAGUCCGAGACCCAGAGGCGAGAUGCUUUGCAAUACCUCACAUCUGCCUGUACGACCAUCGCAACUGCCAAACUGCCACAGUCAGCCGCUGCAAUUAUCGCGAAGGCACAGCCACUCAUCUUGGAUGGCAAUAGUGCUGUCCGGGGCCAGUUGCUGAAGUUGUUCAGGUCAUUACCAGCCGCGCAAGUGGGCUCGUUGGACCAAGUGCUGCUAUAUACAAGGGCAGGCAUGGCGCACCUUUCGAACGAUAUAAAGCUAUUUGCACUCGACAUUCUGGACUGGUCGAUUGGAACUAACGCAGAUACUGUGAUGUCAUGUCCUGGAGGCUGGAUCAAGAUGUUACGGACUUUUCAGAACCUACUCGCUUGGCAGGGUGACACGAUCAACGGCGUGGUCACCCACGGGAAGUGGUCCGCCACCAAGUCCACGAGCUCGAAGCUAGGCAGUAACAAGCUACUGGUACACCAACUCAACACUCUCGCGAGCUUCCUGACCGCCGCCAUGACUCCACCACCAUCAGAUCCAUUCGCAGAGGCCAAGAGAGCAGCGCAGAUCUUCCCUUUGCUAGAGACUCAGGCACAUUUACUGCCUGCGAAAUCCAAUACUUUUGGCUACCUGAAUCUAUUUGGCGCGGUGCGUGACCUGGAAGGUGAGGUCUACGCUGACGCUGAUGAGCGUAUCGAGAUAUUCAACGAGCUUGGCCUGCUGGAAGAUUUCAGAACCGGCACCCUAGAAGCGAAGAAAGAAGCAGGUGAGGUUGGUAGAGCCGCAAGUGGUGUCGAUAAGGCACUUAGGCUUGCUGAGAUCGGCUGA